CAACCUGUAACGCGCAAAGCUUGUUUGGUUUAAUAAGAUGAGCUCUACUCCGGCCUGCAUCGUUGUGUAGGAUCGAGCUAACUCAAAAAAGUUGGUCGGCAAAACUUUUCCCUGGCACUUUGCUUAUCGGAAAAAAGAUUUCCUAGCCGUUUUACCGCACCUGCCUGAUCAAUGAUCACCAUUGAACAGAAUUUGCUCAAAAAUUUUCCGGUAACUUUUUAUUUCGAUAGUCAUGAAGUCAUCGAGAAAGAUGUCUGAAGUCCAACCGAACAUCACGCGAACGCGCCCACCGUUGAAGUCUCUGUACCAUUUUUCAAGAACGUAGGAACCUUUCUGAACUGAAUAUCUGGUCUGCCCUUAUCACAAGCUGAAGGGCAUCAGCGUUCUGAUCAUUCUCCUGAAAGAAACUUCAGAGUUCGGUUAUACACCACUGAUCCAAAAUUCAGUGGAGGAACAAGUAAAUGUAGCAGGAAAGAAGCUGAUCGAUUAUGCUUCAGUGUGCGCCUAGGUUUUUUGAUCAGGAAGGCGAAGAACGAGAGCGACAAGAAGGAGGUCAAAGGUGCAAAAACAGAGGAAGAAGUGACUAAGGAGUUGGGCUACUAGUGAGGAGUCCAACCACAGGAAGCUCCUGUUCUGCGAGCAGCCCCCCAAGGAAUUAGUUUGACCAAAUAGCUUCUGCCUUUUGGUAUAUGGCAGCAUUCAUGGUGAGGAAAAGAUGGUUUUCUGGUUCAUCAAUCGACUGGUGGGACGGCGUGAAACCGGCUGCAAAAGAUCCCAUCUUCGCAAUCACUGAAGCGUUCCUCGCCGAUGACUGCCCUAGCAAGAUCAACCUCGGUGUGGGAACGUAUCGUGACGAGAAGGGGAGGCCUGUGAUUCUUGAAUGUGUACGCAGAGCAGAGGCGAAAAUCGGUGGCGUUCAAACCAUGGAAUAUCUCCCGAUUGGAGGUGACCCGAAAUUGGUUCAGGAAACCAUUAAACUAGCGUAUGGGGAAAACUCUGAUGCGGUGAAGGAGAACAGAGUGGCUGGAAUCCAAGCUCUUUCAGGCACCGGAUCAUGCCGGCUUUUUGCCGAGUUCCAGCGACGGUUCAGGCCGGAAUCGCCCAUGUACCUCCCCAUCCCGACUUGGUCGAACCAUCAUAACAUUUGGAGGGACGCACACGUUACACAGAGAACUUUCCACUACUAUCAUCAUCAAUCUAAAGGAUUAGACUUUGGGAAGCUUAUGGAAGAUGUUAAGAAUGCUCCAGAUUCUUCCUUUUUCUUGUUCCAUGCAUGCGCUCACAACCCAACCGGAGUUGAUCCUUCCGAGGAGCAGUGGAAAGAAAUCUCACAUUUAUUUAAGGUAAAGAAACACUUUCCCUUCUUUGACGUGGCUUACCAAGGCUUUGCAAGCGGAGACCCUGAAAAAGAUGCUCGAGCAAUUCGAAUAUUUCUGGAAGAUGGCCAUAAAAUUGCAUGUGCUCACUCCUUUUCGAAGAUCAUGGGACUAUAUGGCCUUAGAGUGGGAUGCUUAAGCAUUGUGUGCAAGGAUGCCGAACAAUCAGCUGCUGUCAAGAGCCAAUUGCAGCAAAUAGCGAGGCCCAUCUAUAGUAACCCGCCUGUUCAUGGUGCACUUCUUGUAUAUACAAUUCUCACCGACCCAGAUUUAAGGAGCCUUUGGCUUGCAGAGUUAAAGGUUAUGGUCAGUCGCAUCAAUGUAAUGCGGAAUUUGUUGCGUAAAAGCAUCGAGAACUUUGGAUCCCUUCACAACUGGGAGCAUAUUACAAAUCAGAUUGGUAUGUUUUGCUAUACUGGUUUGUCCCCUGAGCAGGUCGACCGCCUAGUUAAUGAAUUCCACAUAUAUAUGACCAGGAGUGGUCGAAUCAGUAUGGCUGGAAUCACACCUGCAAGUGUGGAUUACUUGGCAAAAGCCAUCCAUGAAGUUACAAAGCAUGACAGAUAGCGAGUCUCCGCCUGAACACCCUAAGAAAUUCAUUCCAUAGAUGUGCAGAUCAAAAGAUUUUCUUCUGGGAAGGAAAGCCUCUAUUGAUCGUACUAUUUCCACUAUUUAUUCAUGUUGUAAUUUUUCUUGGCAAACCAGGUUGUGGAACCCUCUCUCUUCUCUAAAUCCGCAUUAUGAACUUCAGAAUUUUGAAUUUGGACCCUCUUUUUCAGAAGUCAAAAACCAAACUACGUGAGAAAUAUAGAUAAUGAAAGGCAUAAUCUGGCACAGAA